CACACGGCCACCACCAAAAAGUUCGAGGACAGCUUGCGUGUACGUUGCGCAUCAACUACUUCUUGCCUACAGUCGUGCCUGCAGCUGUUGCCAUCCUUUGCGGAAGACGCCGAUCGAACACUGCAAUCUCUGCAACCCCGUGCAAGUCAUGGCAACUCUUGACAUUCCAAUCCGCUCCAAGCGCAGCAGCGGGCCCAAGUCCACCAAGGCCAUCAUCUUGGUCGGGGGGCCUUCCCGCGGAACUCGCUUUCGACCGCUGUCUCUUGAUCAGCCCAAGCCGCUCUUCGAAGUUGCCGGCCAUCCAAUCAUAGAACACUGCUUCUCCGCCAUAGCCAAAGUUCCCGAGAUCAAGGAGGUCUUCAUAGUCGGCUACUACGAUGAGUCUACGUUCCGCGACUUCAUCAAGGACAUGGCUCGUGCCUUCCCCCACAUCACCACGAAAUACCUGCGUGAAUAUGAGGCUCUCGGCACGGCCGGUGGCAUCUACCAUUUCCGAGACGCUAUCAUGAAGGGUAACCCCGACAGAAUCUUUGUGCUGAAUGCAGACGUGUGCUGCUCGUUUCCACUGGGACAGAUGCUGCAGCUCUUUGAGGAGAAGAACGCAGAUGCCGUCAUCUUGGGUACUAGGGUUAGCAAGGAAGCCGCGAGCAACUUUGGAUGCGUGGUGUCCGAUGCCCACUCGAAGCGUGUUCUGCACUACGUCGAGAAGCCAGAGUCGCACAUCAGCAACCUGAUCAACUGCGGCGUCUACCUCUUUGAUACCAAUUGCAUCUUCCCAGCCAUCAGAAGCGCAAUCAAGAGACGCACCGAACGACCCCGGUUAGUUAGCUACCCGAGCAGCGAGAACCUCGACGCAAGCUUCGUAGCGGACAUGGACGAGACGGAGAAGAGUGAGGUCAUUCGACUUGAGCAAGACGUGUUGUCCGAUCUGGCAGACAGCUACCAGUUCUUUGUGCUCGAGACAAAGGACUUCUGGAGGCAGAUAAAGACGGCAGGCUCGGCCAUCCCGGCCAACGCCCUCUAUCUCACAAAAGCGUUCCAGGCGCAAUCUGAGGAGCUAGCCAAGCCCUCAGCCGUCAUCCUACCCCCGGUAUUCAUCCACCCUACCGCACAGGUUGACCCAACCGCGAAACUCGGUCCAAACGUUUCAGUCGGCCCACGUGCUGUUAUCGGGCCCGGCGCGCGAGUGAAGGAGGCGAUUGUCCUUGAAGAUGCGGAAAUCAAGCAUGACGCAUGUGUGCUCUACAGUAUCAUCGGCAGAGGUAGUAAGGUUGGUGCCUGGGCUCGCGUCGAGGGCACACCUACACCAGUCACAAGCCAUCAGACCACGAUUUUGAAAGGAGGCGUGAAGGUGCAGAGCAUCACUAUUCUGGGUACUGAAUGCGGCGUCGGCGAUGAAGUUCGAGUGCAGAACUGUGUUUGCCUUCCCUAUAAGGAGUUGAAGCGGGAUGUCGCGAACGAAGUUAUUAUGUAAUUCCUUGGGCGGCGCGAUGCGGGUUGUCCGCUGAUGCGAAUCUCCUGCCUGCUAUAGACGGCAUUGUCAUAGAGCAGGCGUUUCGAAAGCAUUUUUUGAAAACGUUCGUCAUCGACUGUUACCGGCAUGGGAAAUCUUUUAAGGCUUCAAAUGAGCAUUGAAAGCGGUCAAUUAAAACCAAAUAGGAAAAUAUCUAAUCUAGUUUUGCCAUAAAACAACUCCAUAAUAGGUCUUAGCUUUGCGUAAUCUGGGCAGGACAGUUCACGAUCUAGGUAAGCUACUGACCGUAUCAUAAUAAGUUUUGAACCCGUCUGAAAUGGAGAUUCGUGUAGCAUGAAGUUAAAAAGUGAGCUUGAAUAUCCCAGCGUAUUGUUUGACGUAGCUAGAUGCCCCAUAUUAUGAAGCUUAGGAUACGAAAAAAUCUAGCCUCAGCUUAUUUCUCGAUAGAGAGCAAUGAUCAUGUGCUCAGCGUUGGGUCG